AUGAUUCAGGAAGAACCAAACACCACAGAUUAUGCCUAUGACCAAGAUUACUAUGAUCACAUUAUACCACCAUGUGACAAGAAUGAAGUUAGAAACUUUGCAAAGCUCUUCUUUCCUUUUGCAUACUCACUGAUAUGCGUCUUGGGCCUUGUGGGUAAUUCGUUUGUAGUGAUGACAUUUUCUUUAUAUAAGAGAUCUGAAUCCAUGACUGACAUAUGCCUUUGCAAUAUUGCCAUUGUAGACAUACUUUUUGUUCUCACUCUCCCUUUCAGGGCAGUAUACUAUGCUCUGGAUGACUGGAUCUUUGGUGAUCUCAUAUGUAAGCUCACCAGAGGCAUAUAUGCAAUUAAUUUCAACUGUGGCAUGCUACUUUUAGCCUGCAUCAGCAUGGACCGAUACAUUGCCAUUGUGCAGGCAACAAAGUCGUUUAAGCUUCGGGCAAGGACUCUGGCAUACAGUAAAAUUAUCUGUUUGGUCAUAUGGGGAUCAUCAUUUUUAAUCUCCAGUUCUACUUUCAUAUUCAGUCAAAGUUACACCAUUUCACUCAAUGUAACAAAGCACAUUUGUGAGCACAAAACCAAUCCAGAGACCAAAGUUAUAUUCAAAUUACUUAUAUUAUAUCUCCAGCUUUUAUUUGGAUUUUUCAUCCCUCUUCUGAUCAUGAUUGUUUGCUAUACUUUCAUUGUUAAAACCUUAGUAAAGGCUCAGAAUGCCAAAAGAAACAAAGCUAUACGUGUGAUAGUCUUAAUUGUGAUUGUUUUUCUGGUUUGUCAACUUCCUUAUAAUGUGGUUCUUAUUUUGAAUGCAUCAUCAAUGGGUAAUUUGGAUAGAAACUGUCAAAGUGAAAAGAAAAUGGUUUAUGCAAAACAUUUAACAGAAACCCUGGCCUUCUUGCAUUGUUGUAUGAAUCCUGUGCUCUAUGCAUUUAUUGGUGUGAAAUUUAGAAAUUACUUUCUGAAAAUAAUAACAGGGUUGAGCUGUGUAAGAGCAUGGGAGCACGGGAGCACUCAUAGCUCAAGAGGAAGUUCUGAUACUGGCUAUUCUAGACAGACCAGUGAAAUUCAUGAAUGA